CUGUGGCACCAGAAAAGCCCCAAACUACCUUGGGGUUCUUCCCCAGUCCAGCUGUCUAGAUCUUGAGGGACCAAAGCAAACGAGAUGCCCUGUAUCCAAGCCCAGUAUGGAACACCAGCACCCAGUCCAGGACCCCGCGACCAGCUGUCCAGUGACCCUCUGACUCCUGAUCUCAGCAAACCCACCAUGGAUCUAGCCACCUCUGAAGCGGCCCCCACAACCCCCACCGCCCUGCCCAGCUUCAGCACCUUCAUGGAUGGCUACGCCGGAGAGUUUGACACUUUCCUCUACCAGCUGCCUGGAACAGCUCUACCGAGCUCCUCGGCCUCCUCCUCAGCCUCGUCCACCUCUUCUUCCUCCGCCACCUCCCCUGCCUCCGCUUCCUUCAAGUUUGAGGACUUCCAGGUGUAUGGCUGCUACCCUGGCCCCCUGAGUGGCCCUCUGGAUGAAACCCUGUCGUCCAGCGGCUCCGACUACUAUGGCAGCCCUUGCUCGGCCCCGUCCCCCUCCACACCCAGCUUCCAGCCGCCCCAGCUAUCUCCCUGGGAUGGCUCUUUUGGUCCCUUCUCUCCCAGCCAGACCUAUGAAGGACUCCGGGCAUGGACAGAGCAACUGCCCAAGGCUUCUGGGCCCCCACAGCCACCCACUUUCUUCUCCUUCAGCCCCCCUCCUGGCCCUAGCUCCAGCCUGGCCCACAGCCCCCUCAAGCUGUUCCCCUCACAGACGUCCCACCAGCUGGGGGAGGGAGACGGCUUCUCCCUGCCUGCAGCUUUCCCAGGCCUGAUGCCCACAUCACCACACAACAAUGGAUCACGGAUGCUGGAUGUGCCCAUGACCUCCACCAAGGCUCGGAGCGGGGCUCCUGGGGGCAGCGAGGGCCACUGUGCCGUGUGUGGAGACAACGCUUCCUGCCAGCAUUAUGGGGUCCGCACCUGUGAGGGAUGCAAGGGCUUCUUCAAGCGCACAGUACAGAAAAACGCCAAGUACAUCUGCCUGGCCAACAAGGACUGCCCUGUGGACAAGAGGAGGCGAAACCGCUGCCAGUUCUGCCGCUUCCAGAAGUGCCUGGCUGUGGGCAUGGUGAAGGAAGUUGUCCGGACAGACAGCCUGAAGGGGCGGCGAGGCCGUCUCCCCUCCAAGCCCAAGCAGCCUCCUGAUACUUCUCCUGCCAAUCUUCUCACCUCGCUGGUCAGGGCUCACUUGGACUCUGGGCCCAGCACUGCCAAACUGGACUACUCUAAGUUUCAGGAGUUGAUAUUGCCCCACUUUGGGAAGGAGGAUGCCGGGGACGUGCAGCAGUUCUAUGACCUGCUCUCCGGUUCCCUGGAGGUCAUCCGCAAGUGGGCCGAGAAGAUCCCUGGUUUUGCUGACUUGUCAUCAAGUGAUCAGGACCUGCUGCUGGAAUCAGCCUUCCUGGAGCUCUUCAUCCUCCGCCUGGCCUACCGGUCCAAGCCGGCUGAGGGGAAGCUCGUUUUCUGCUCGGGCCUGGUGCUGCACCGGCUGCAGUGUGCCCGUGGCUUCGGUGACUGGAUCGACAGCAUCCUGGCCUUCUCCCGCUCCCUGCACAGCUUGGUCGUCGAUGUCCCUGCCUUUGCCUGUCUGUCGGCACUUGUCCUCAUCACAGAGCGGCAUGGACUGCAGGAGCCACGGCGGGUGGAGGAGCUGCAGAAUUGCAUUGCCAGUUGCCUGAAGGAGCACAUUGCAGCGGUGGCGGGAGAGCCCCAUCCAUCUGGCUGCCUGUCGCGCCUCCUGGGCAAGUUGCCUGAGCUUCGGACCCUGUGCACUCAGGGCCUGCAGCGCAUAUUCUACCUCAAACUGGAGGACCUGGUGCCCCCUCCACCAAUCGUCGACAAGAUCUUUAUGGACACUCUGCUCUUCUGAUGCUGCCCAGGACCGCACAUAUACCGUGUGUGCCCGCUCAGCCAGCUACCCAUGUGCCUUCAGCAUCACUGACUCCUGACCUUGGCUUGAGCUGCACACAGCUGAUCUCAGGAGGUCAGCAGGAGCUCACAUUUUGGGAGAUGGGGCUGCUUCAUGGGGGGUCACCCUUUCUCUUGGUUUUAUUCCCAACCUGGUCCCGGCCUUCAUGUUUUUGUAAGAUAAACCAUUUUUAACACA